CCUAUCUCUAUCUCCGUUCUUGAUGGGGGAUUACAUAUAUUCUUUGUUGUCGUCUCAUUUUCCGAAAUUUUUCCUAUUUCCGUUCCCAUUGAGGUGGAGUUCGGGGAUUCUUUAGAGGACGGAACAAAUUGCUAUCCCUAUCUGUUGGGUUAACCGUCUAACAUCUACUAAAUUUGAGGAUAGUGUUGGAAUUUUACUUUGCUCCACGGGCUGCCCAGGCUCCCCACACAUUUUGUAAUUAGAGGGAAAGAUUUGGUACGAGACUAGCAGACUAAAACAUCCCUAAUUCCCAAUUUGCUUUAACCUAAAUAGCGACCAGUUGGUUCAAGAGGCCUGCGCUGUAACCUAAUAAGAGAAAGGCUCACCAGCAAGAUGCAAGGUGUGACUGGUUCGAGGGGCACGCUUCGAAGUGGUAACUGGUGGUCAGGAUAAUAGAACUUUCAAGCUUAAAUUAAGGUAUUGUAGCUGGAUAAAUCUAGGUAACCCACCUAAGUGUGUUGGAGGCAGUGUUAAGUGGAUUUCUGACAUAGAUUAUGAUGAGUGUUUUGUUAAGAGUGAUAUUGAUUUGACUAAGUUAGUAUUAGAUUUGGAGGCUUGGAACUUGGUGAACUCUAUUUUGAGACCUAAGGUACUGGAGAUUUGGGUUAUUGUAAGGGUGGAUGGAGAAUAUGAGAGUGUUGAAGAAGAAUAUCAGAGUGUAGAGGAAGAAAAUGACAGUGCAGAAUAUUUAGAAGAUGAGUUAGAGAAUUUUGAAGGAAGUGCUUAUGAAAUUUAUCAAGGCCAAGUUGAUGAUCAAGAGUUCUUGAAAUAUACAGAUCCAGAAGUUGAGUACGUAGGUGAUGCAAAUCUUGAAGAGGGUCAACCUCAAAAUGUAGAACAUAGGCCUACAAACAAUGAGGUGAAUUUCUCUGAUGAUGAUGGAGGGAUUGAACAAAAUUUGGGUGAAUCUGUUAGGCCUAUUCCUCGGCUUGAUUUGCCAUCUCCUUUCUGGCUUGGUAGAUCUUUUUGAUGUGAAGAGGAUUUCAAAGAUGUAGUGAUGACAUAUGCUAUACAGUUUGGAAAAGAGCUGAAGCUUAAGAAGAAUGAUAAGAUAAGGUGUGCAGUUGUAUGUACCCAAAUUGAUUGUAAGUGGCAAGCAAUUUGUAGAAAAUAUGUUGAUGAAGCCUUGUGGAGGGUGACUGUUUUGAAUGAUGUGCAUGCUAAUUGUCCAUGAGUGAAUAAGAACAAGUUCAUAACUUCAUCAGUAGUUGCAAAGAGAUGGUAAACACAAAUUGGUGGACAUAGUAAUUGGAAGAUGAGUGAAUUUAAAGAGAAAGUGUGUAGGAAGUGGGAUCUCACCGGUAUACCCUACAGGCAUGCCAUUUUUGCUCUUUGGGUGAAAUUUAGAAAGGCUCCACUACAUGACUAUGUGGAUGCUUGCUACACAAUUGAGAAUUAUAAGAAAGCAUACUCAAGCUGCAUUCACCCUAUGGUUGGGCUUCAUGAAUGGCCACACACUGAUAGAGAGCCCUCACUACCUCCUUUGUUCACUACUAAGGUUGGCAGACCAAGAAAACUCAUGAAGAAAUCUGCAGGUGAACUAACCAAAGAUGAAAUUCAUAUAUCAAGAAGGACAAUGACUCUUCAUUACCCAAUCUACAAGCUUAUAGGUCAUAACAGUACGAGAUGUCCUCAGAGAAAAAAUAUGGCAGUAGCAAAUGGUGAAAUUGCAGCAAAUAUGGCAGCAGCACCUGCUGAAGUUCCAGUCAAUGUUGUAGCAGCACCUGAUGAAAUUCCGAUCAAUGUUGUAGCAUCACUUGAUGAAAACCUAGUCAAUGUGGCAGAAUUAAAAUCACUUCCAGCAAAAGAUACACAAGAUGUAGGACUACAUGGAAUACAAGGUGAAGGAAUGAAAAUUACUUCCCAUGUAGUGAAGAUAAAUUUUGGCCGACCUCUAAAACGAAGAAAAACCAUAGCUCAUGCUAGCAAAGGCAAACAAGUUGAUGAAUAUGCUCCUCCAUCCAAUGCAAAAACACAUAAGUCAUUGGGAAUGACCAAAACAAACACUGCUAAGGGCCGGAAGUACAUGAUGAGAUCUAGUACGAUGCUUAGGUCCAAAUACUGUUUAAAUGAAAAAACCCCAAUUGAUAUAGAUUAGGUUGUCUAUUUUAAGUGCUAUUAGAUGUAUGGAUACAAGUCUUUUGGAAACAAUUAUGAUAUAUGGAUGAUAGUCUUUUGGAAACUUUUUUUACCAA